AUGGUGGACAAGAAUGAUGGGUCAGAGGGUCUUAAAUUCAACACGUCAAACCUCAUUCAAACAACCGAAGAGGUUGCAAGAGCAUUUAUUGCUGUGGCUUCGGCUGCCACUGCACAGUCUGCACGACCAUCUGUAGUGUAUUCAUCCAAAGACGAGAGUGGCAGCCCAAUGCAGAAGCUUCAGCAGCAAUUUUCGAAAAUCAUGAAAGGGUUUUCGUCCUCACCAGACCUGUCAGGAACUUACAAUCCAGAAGUGCUUACAACGCAAAAGCGGCAGUGGUCGAGGUACCAGCUGAAGUCAUUGGGUGAUAGGUGCAUCAGAGAACCAUCACAUCUGUUCGAGAGCAUAGUGAUUGUUGGGCUUCCACCUCACGCAGAUAUCCAGGAGCUGGAAAACAUUGCUCUAGGGAGAAAUGAUGAAGAUGGAAAGAGAUCAAGAAAUUUAUUUAGCAAUAGCCACCAAGUUCACGCAAUAUCAAAUUUGGAACCACAGGUUCUUUUUGCAUACCCUCCAGAGAAGCCUCUUCCACUCAAGUACAAGGAUACCCUCUCUUUCUGCCUUCCCGGAGGUGUACAGGUUCAUGCUGUCGAACGUACUCCUUCAUUCAGUGAGCUGAAUGAAAUUCUCCUGGGACAGGAACAGCUUAAAGAAAGCAACCAAUCAUUUGUGUUCCGCCUACAGGUCGCUGAUAACUCUGCAUUAUAUGGAUGCUGUGUGCUGGUUGAAGAGAUCGUACAGAGACCAUCAAAGUUGGUAUCGAUGCUCAUGAAUGACAAACCCAUCUUUCCACGCAGGAGUCGAUACGUGAUAACUACGCCCCGGUGUUAUUGCAUCCUGUCCAGGCUUCCGUUCUUUGAACUGCAUUUUGGGGUGUUGCAGAGUAUUCUUAUGGAAGAACGUCUUGAGUGGCUCACAGAUGGUGUUAGCAUGCUAACUUCCUUAUCGCUUGAGGAAUCCUGUGAGAACGAUAUCUGUGAAGGAACUGAAGUUACAGCACAGAAACAGUAUUUAGAUAGUAACACAACUGAUGUGGAUAAAUCAUCUGAAUCUAGCAUGGGAGUUUCAUCAAAGGAGCUGUCUGACACUGAUAGCAGUUCUGGGUAUAGAGAGAACCAGCUUGACUUUGUUUCUAAAGAACAACAGCAAAAUAGUUCUUGUGAUAAAGAGCAGAGUGAUCUUAAAAGAGAAAUUGUCACUUGUUGUGAUGUUUCUGAAGUGUCUGAUCAUUUUGUUCCCGAAGAUACAUCAUCUGGUCAGUAUGGAGUUAAGCAUCAUGAACUUGAUUCUGCAUCAGGUAUCCAGGAUGAAUCUGGCGCAAAGAACUGUGAUGAUUCUCCGAAGGGAAAUGUGGAUGAUGAGGAGCUUGAUCUCUUCAUUACUGAUACUAUUUUACCACUUAUGCGAUCUCACCUUUGUGAAGAUUGUGAAUCAUCUCCAAGUUCACAGGGUUCUCCUUCUGAAGGCAGAAAUUUCGACACCCAGGAAUCGGAUUCAGAGGAGCCAUCUUCCAUUGGUGAUGGAGACUUAGUUAGACACAACAACAUACUGCAGUGGGCUAAGGCAAAAAAAUAUGGUUCUUUGCAAGUUGUCUGUCAAUACUACCAGUUACAGUGUCCUGCUAGGGGUUCAUCACUUACUUUUCAUCCCUUGGAGCAUUUGCAUCCUUUGAGUUUUCACCGGCCAGGUGAAACAGUUCUUCACAUUGCUGGUUCUACUAUUGAGCUUAGGUCACGUGAUACAAGCUUAGAGGUUGCUGAGAUGCGGAAUUCACUCUUUGCUGAGGAGGAAUCGACUGCUUUAUCCACAUGGGCAGUGGCAUCCAUUUGUGGAUGCCUAAGGUUGGAACAUGUAAUGACACUUUUUGCUGCCGCACUCCUGGAGAAACAGAUUGUUAUUGUCUGUUCUAAUCUGGGAAUGUUAUCGGCUUCAGUUUUGUCCAUCUUACCUCUAAUACGACCGUAUCGGUGGCAUAGUCUCCUCAUGACGGUUUUGCCUAAUGACAUGAUGGAUUUUCUGGAUGCCCCAGUUCCAUACAUAGUGGGUGUACAAAACAAGACAUCUGAUGUGCUCAACAGGCUACCAAAUGCCGUGGUCAUUGAUGCCAACAGGAAUCAGAUUAAAUCUUCUUCAGUUCCGCAACUACCACAGCACAGAGAGUUGCUUUCUGCCUUGCGCCCGUAUCAUUCAAUACUUGUUGGCGAAAGUUAUCUUGCAAGAAAACGUCCUGUUUACGAAUGCACAGAUGCCCAGGUGGAAGCGGCCAAAGGUUUCUUGGCGGUGCUUAGAGACUACCUUGACACACUAUGCUCGAACUUGAGAUCUCAUACAAUUACUAAUGUGCAAUCUAACAAUGACAAGGUUUCCUUACUUUUAAAAGAGAGCUUUAUUGGUUCUUUCCCAAUCCGGGAUAGGCCUUUUAUGAAGCUUUUUGUGGACACGCAGUUGUUCUCAGUACAGACAGACCUAGUUCUCUCCUUUUAUCAGAAGGACUAA